AAUUUAUAUUUAGACGAACAACUCCACUCAGCCACAGACCUCACUCUCUCUCUUUCUUUCUCUCUCUCUACUAUUUCAAUGGCCGGUGUGUUGGAAACAAUUGCAGUUCCACGCGCCUCCGUUUUCUCUUCUUCGUCGGCGCGUUUGAUUCCUAUUGCCGAUUCGUCGGUCUCCGGUGGCCGUCGUUCCUCCACGGUUAAUUUUUCUCAGUUCAGUGGACUUAAGGUGCAGCUGAGUCGUCGGUCGCCGGUUUCCUUCAGCUCACGUUCGGAAUCCGUUCGCCGUGGCGGACGAAUCGUUUGUGAAGCUCAGGAAACUGCUGUUACAGCGGCUGCUGUUACUGAUAAAACAUGGAAGACACUCGUAAUCGAGUCUAAUUUACCCGUCCUGGUUGAAUUUUGGGCUCCAUGGUGUGGUCCAUGCCGAAUGAUCCAUCCCAUCAUUAACGAGCUAGCACAGGAAUACGCUGGUAAGUUCAAUUUCUUCCAGCUGAAUACAGAUGAAAGCCCCUCCACUGCAAGUGAAUAUGGGAUCCGAAGCAUCCCAACCGUCAUGAUUUUCAAGAAUGGAGAGAAGAAAGACGCGGUGAUUGGCGCAGUUCCCAAAACAACAUUGGCCACCAGCAUCGAAAAGUUCUUGUAGUAGACGAUGCUCGCAUAAAGAUACGUUCUGUUAGAAAUCCUUUUGCUGUUUUUUUCUUUAUGUAUAUUCUGUUUUUGCCUUCAAAGCAACUAGAAUAUAAUACUUAAUAAACCUUAAAUGUUCCUGUAUAGAUUAUGGUGCUUUGUUUCCUCUUA